AGGAAGUUCCCAGGUGAGAGGUGAUUGGGGAGGAAGUAGAGAGGAGACGUUGGUGGAAGUGGCAGCAGAGGAGGUAAUAAGAUGUUAUUUCCUAUUUACACCCAGUAACCCCCCGUCAUGUCCGUCCUCCAUAGUCACGGAGACCUGUAUAGAUCACAUGAUGGCACCAAUGAGGAUGGAGGAGGACCGGAGUCACAUGACUGAGAAGAUACUAAACCUCACCCUGGAGAUCAUCUACCUGCUGACCGGAGAGAGUUUCAUCUUCUGAAGUCAGGUGAUCCAUAUGACCAUCACAGUGCCUCCAUGUGACUCCCUAAACCCUGAGAGACACAACAUGCAGAAGAUUCUAGAAGUCACCAGAGAGAAGAUGAUGGAGCUGCUGACAGGAGAGGUUCCUAUAAGGUGUCAGGGUGUCACUGUCUAUUUCUCCAUGGAGGAGUGGGAGUAUUUAGAAGGACACAAGGAUCUCUACAAGGACGUCAUGAUGGACAAUCAGCCGCCCCUCACAUCACCGGGUAAGAGGAGACUUUAUUGUAAAGGAGAGAGCAGUACGGAGGAUCCACCUAGAUCCCCCAUCAUCUGAUAAACACAUAGAAACAAUGGAUUCAGAGUAUUUAGAAGGACACAAGGAUCUCUACAAGGACGUCAUGAUGGACAAUCAGCCGCCCCUCACAUCAUCACCGGAUGGAUCCAGUCAUGGGAACCCACCAGAGAGAUGUCCCUCUCCUCUACAUUCCCGG